GCUGUUGCUCGCGGACUGUUGACAGCGCUCGUCUCUCUCUGUCCUAGCGACGCCAUUGGACGCGCCCCGCGUGUUUACAUUCCGGCCAGGCAAAACGUGUGGCCCGCAUUAAGGUAACUUCACUUGGAGACGCACUGGACUUGCAGGAGGGGCGGAGGUCUUGCAGAAAGUAGUGUAGUGCUGAUUGUGAGGAUGCCCAAGGUGAAAUCCGACAAGCGCGGGGCGGACGCCGAGGACAAGAACGGCGCCGCGAACGAUGAGAAGAAGACGUCAAGGUGGGCGGGCGGACAGCUGUUCGGCAGCGAGACGACCGAGACAACGUUCCAGGGCGCAGGGUUCAAGGACAAGGACAAGGCGCUGGAAACGCUGCAGUUGCUGGAGGGCCGUGACGUCACGUUCCAGUUCCAGAUUAUCAACUCCAUGUUCCACCGCGCGAAAGUCAUCCACAAGCGCACGAAAGACCCGGAGAAGUUGCGCAACCUGUCCGAGGCGAUCGAGACAUUCGAGAACUGGCUGAAUGAGUAUCGCUCGCGCAGCCGCGCAAAGGAGAACCUCGGGUACCUGCCGCUCGACGUGGUCGAGGCCUUCCAGCCCCUGGCCGACAGGUACGGCGUCAAGACGGAGGUGCCCGGCGUCCAUAUCAGCUUCCUCAAGGCCUACCGCGAGGCCGACGGCGACCUGAAGAAGCUUCGCGUGCUAAAGGUGAACCCCGAUGAUGAGAAGUCCAUCACUUGGGACGUCCACCGCAACAAGUACCUGAAACCCCUCGUGGACCGCGUCAAGGGAGAUGACGCGCCCCGUCUGUACCUCACAGAGGAAAAGGUGCGGGGUGUGCCGACCAAGGAGCACGUGGAGCUGGUCAUGUGGGGCUACAGCCCCGAGGUCACCAAGCUCAAGAAGACCAUCCCACAGGUGAAGGACCUGGAAGGAAAGGACCUCAACGGACUGCUUCCCUCGGAGUGAAACUGAGGCACACUCACACCGCCCCCGGCACUUGAACUGCCUGUGAAAACAAAAGUAACAGCUCCAAGCCAAAAACUGAAGUUUUGGUUUCAAGGGACCAAAAUGUAUGUAAAUGCUAGGUUUCUAUUUCAUUUGUAGUUUAUACCCACGAGGUCCAAGUUUCAGUUCACCGCCUUGGCGAUAGUAACUGGGAUUUACUAGUGUUUUCUCAGACACCAUCAGUGCCUUUUGAAACUGGAGAAACAAUUCACUGUUCUUUGUUUUCCUCAGUUCCUCCUAACGGCGUGAAAGUCACAGUAAGCUUGCUGAAGCCAGAGUAGUAUCAGACCCCAGUCUGCUGCCCCCAGCCAUGUUGUGUGCCGGCUACAUUUCUGCAAUGUCAAGUCAGAAGGUGACCUCUAUGUGCUUGAUUAAGCACCACGCCAUGAAGACGUGUGCGGGGGAGUGCAAGUAUAGCUCCAGCAUUUUUAAUCUUGGCAUUGGGCUAAGGUGAAUGGCCAGUUUGACGCCCCGGCCGCUUUAAUCAAGGCCCUUGUACAAUUAGAUAGUCUAGGUGUGUCUCAGAGAUUGUCUGAAUGCAGCGGUGAAGACAAUUCUCUGCCCCUGCCGGGAACUGAACCCUGAUUGUGAGGCUGUUAGCCCGUAGUUCAGUCACUGCACUGACUGAUUUACCAAUUGUGUAAUGGCACAUUUAUAUAUCAUCAAUAUAAUUAAAAGCAGUGAUCACAAUUUUUGAUUCCUUCAAAAAGGAAUCACUGAAGUUGAAAGCACGGUUUUCGUGUGUUUGUUGUGGGGCAUGAUGGAGUACUCUUAAGUGAACAUGCUUCACAGUUCCAAGCAAUAGAACAGUGUAAUUUUGGGUCAGUUAACAUUGCCUUUAGUUCUGCUCCUUAGUGGUGAUUCAGGAGCUGUGCACAAUUUCUGUUCUGUUGCAGUCAUCACCAUAUUGGCUUGGUUAAGUCAGCCAGCAGAGACUUGACUACGGGCUGUAAGGCUGUAGGGGCAGGGCUCCACAGCUUGAGGUCCAUGCAGCCUCCUGUCUGAUGCAUACCACAAUUCUUUCCUAGGCAUUAAGUCAGCUGAACAUUAAUUUCCGUGUAGUGCUGAGGUCAAGAAUGCCAGGAGCUUAACCUCAUUCCCACUGAAUUCAUGGUGUGACAUAGGAAUAUUAGCUUUUUUGUCGCUGUCAUCAAGAGUGAUGUAGAGAUAAUGAUGAAUGUGCUUGUAUUUGUAUUCCUAUAGCAGUGAGGGUCAGUACUGUGUCUUCUGGGAUGCGAUGCCAUGUAUAUGGGUAGGUAUGUUGGAGUGUAGCAUGGCCAUCUGGAGUAAAGGCCUUCAACCCCGAACACGGAGCCAAUGCAUUCCUGUGAAACGUUGGUUGGUAUCAUACAGCACGGUGUCAUGUCCCACAAGCCCACGAUCCUAAUGUUUCUCCUGAAACAAAAGUGAUACCUUUACUGCAAGUUUGAACACAGCAGACUGGAUGAGAUAUUUCUCAUUAUGUGAGUCUCACAUUGAAUAAUUUGUAGUUAUGCUACUGAUGAAUAUGAUUUGGAAGGUGUUGCGAAACAGUUUGUUGUGGGGCGAUUCAAAAUUAUUACACCAGUAUCUGUAUGGAGUGACUGAGGAAACCACAUCUCCCACUCGACACUAAAGAGCAGGAGUGUUCCUGAGGGUGUUGUAACUGUUGCUAACCUCACACUGUACUGUCUUGUAUUCUGUGGAAGAGACUGAUGUGGGUCUCAGACGGAUAGUCUCUUGCUGUUGCAGAAGUUGAUGGAACAUCUGCAAGCAGAUGUGUUCGAUCUAUAUAAGAUAUGUGAACACAAGUUAACUAAUUAUAUGAUAAUUUAUGUAUACAUUAUAUGGUAAAUUAAGCUAAUUCAUAAACAUGUGAACUGUCUUAGGAAAAAGAAAAUGUAACAUCACUGAAUACAGGGAUGGUCCUGAACAGUGGAGCCUGAAUGCGAUGUGCAUCCAAAAGUAACAGGGGAAAUGGUAUGUAAUUUAGUGCCCUCAGGUUAACUGGUUAGGUUUUUGUAUCUAAUGUACACGUAUCUCUUUAGGUUAUGUAAUGGUCCUGUUAAAUAACAGUACAUAUUCAAUAUGAGUGUCAUUUCAUUUGUUUAUAUUUUUUGUGUGAUUCCUCUUUGUGUUCUGUUCAUUUUUGAAGUUUCAUAAAGAAUUUGAAUUAAAAAAACACUUCCAGUUACAAAGUGAAGAUUACUGUGGUACAUAUUCAAUAUGUAUCAUUUCAUUUUUCUUUUCAUUUUUAAAGUUUUGUCGAGAAUUUGAUUAUAAGAAACCACUGUUCCAGUUACAGAGUGAAGAUUACUGUUGUCUGGGUAGUUUACGGUGUUGCAGGAUUUAAAUUGUGGGUUUUGGAACUACACAUUUUUAUUUGUGUUUUUGAGGAAUAAUUUGGUUAAUUUAAUGUAUAUGGAAAUACAUAAAUAUGAUUGAAAUGUUAUAUAUAAUUUAUGUGAAUAUACAAUGAAGCUGUUCCUGUUAAUGACUGAUACUUAAUGUAAAUGCUGUGAAUUAACAUUAAUGUAAAUUGAACGCUGUGUUUUUAUUUAUGAUAACACCCGUGAUGUGAGAAUAGUUGAAAUGCUUCAAGUAUUUCCCAUAAGUACAUGAUUUUACCUUACAUUCGCUUAGUGUGUUACUUCAUCAUUUUAAAUGAAGCAUUGUACUUUGGCUUGACAUCAGCACAAGCUUGUGUCCAGUUAUAGUUUAUUAUAUGCAGUAAUUUAGCAUUAAUAAAUUUAACCUUGUUGAUCAUCAGGUGAAAGAGCUGUUACGUAUAUUGUAAAUACUUGCAAGAAUGUUUACAAUUGUGGUGUAAUGUGCUGAAAUAACAGACAGUCCCAGUUUUGGCAGAAUGUAUAUGACCAGUGAAUUCAAAACAUGUAGAUAAA